UUUACUCUGCGCCUUCUGAAACCAGAUACUCUCCUGCCUCACCAAAUAUUAAACGAGGUCGCUUCCAUAUCCUUGAUAUCUGCACGUUGUCCAAAUAUUCCAGUCCCCAAGAUAUACGCAUUUCGCGCUGACGGACCGAACCCAUUUGUUGCUCAAGAAUACAUCGAUGGCGAGCCUUUGAGCAGUAUAUGGAAUUGCUAUACCGAGGUAGAGAAACAUUCAGUUGCCCUGACGAUCGCCAAGAUAAUUGUUGAUAUGGGGGAGACAUGUUUCAGUGCUAUAGGCGGAUUUGCCAGUCCUACAAGCUAUGCCCUUGGACCGACCGUAGAGGGAAGCAAACUUUUCAAGGGACGCGGUAAAUUUCAUUCCAAUAGAUGCUACCCCAUCAGUCCAUACAAAACCACAAAGGAAUACAUUCUCGCUUGCUACAACAAAGAGAUAUACCAUUGUACCCAUGCCCCCGCGUCCGAUAUUGAUUCCAACUUUUUCGAACUCACAUCUGUCAAAGACUUUGUGCAGCAGCUACGAGAUAAGAAACGUCAGCUAGAGACCAGCUUUAUCACUGAAGACGAGCCAUUUGUUCUCGUUCACGGAGACUUUCACGGUCGGAAUAUCAUCAUGCAUGGUACGCAGAUGCAAGCUGUCCUGGAUUGGGAGUUUGCAGGUGCGUAUGUUACGUCAACUCUGUUAGGAGGGAUGGGUGUCGAUGUCCUGGAAGUCAUCGACAACGAAUCAGAAGAAAAGAAUGCACUUUGGAACAGGGAGAUUGUACGUAGGGUUGAAGAGACGGCGAGACAAAGAGGAUGGGAUGAGAAGGAAUCGGCGCUGUUAUUGGGCAAUGGAGAUCCUGUCCUCUGUCAAGCAAGGAUAGAAAUGGUUCCGUCUGAUCCUUGA